AUGCAACGUCCGGUGGCUACGGCCAAGAGCUUGAUUCACCACCGGGGCCGCAACCUCCGGCAGAAGAUCCAAAUGCAAGUCCUGAGGCCGCCUUGUGACGUGUUCAUAAACCACCGCGGGAUCGACACGAAACGGAACGUGUCGGGCUUGUUGUUCCACUACUUCAGCGUGCACAACCUCCGCCCCUUCUUGGACAGCAAGAACAUGAGGCCCGGGGACUCAUUGUACCAGAAGAUCAACGAGGCGAUAUGUGGGUGCAAGGUCGGGGUGGCCGUCUUCUCUCCAAAUUACUGCGAGUCGCCGUAUUGCCUCCACGAGCUUGCCGUGUUGAUGGAGAACAAGAAGAGGGUGAUUCCCAUCUUCUGUGAUGUGAAGCCAUCUCUGCUCCAAGUCAGGGACGAUGGGCUCUGUUCCGACAUGGACUUGCAGAGAUUCAGGGACGCCCUUGAAGAAGCUAGGGACACGGUCGGACUCACUUUCGACACAACGACAGGGGAUUGGUCAAAGCUCUUGAAAGAUGCUACGGACGCAGUGGUGAGGAAUGUGCUCGAAGUAGACGAAGAAGGCGCAAGCAAGAACCCGUUAUACGUUGCACGGAAACGCCUGAACUUUUCUUCUCUUUCCUGA